UACGUUUUUUUAUUUGCCAGUCGAUCUAUCGCUGGACAACAGUUACAACAGCUGCCUCUCGUAUCCUUUAUGAUAAAUAUGCAAAAUAAACAGUAUCUUGCGCUAUGCCUGGUGGCUUUGGUCAUGGGCCAGGCAUUCGCUUUGCCUCAGCCGAUCAAUUCAUCGGGUCGGAAGAUCGAGUCAGGUGCCUCGAACAAAAUCAAUGAGGAAGAUGAUCUCGAUAACGUCGAAGAUGUUGCUACCCCCAGCUCUACCGCCGUUCAGGAAACCGGCAAUGGAAAUGGUUUUUCAUGGGGAGGCAUGCUGGGCAUGCUGAUGCAAAUGUUUCUAGGACAGUCCGGAGGUGUCGCACCGGCUGGUCCAAGCAAAAACGAAGUCGACGAGGCCCCGGCCCCGGUCAAUCCUUGGGCCAACAUCCUGUCGGUGGGGCUUCGUGUGCUCACGACUCUGCUCGGCGGACCUCAGGACCAAGGCGACGGUAUCGAUAAAAUCGACAAUGGGCCCGCAAGCCCGAUGCAGGAGGUAUUGCAAUUGGUGUUGGGUGCAUUUCUGGGACAGGGAAGAAAUCCAGAGCAAGUGUCCGUGAUAGCCAGCCAAGCAAGCGAGUUCAUCAACAUCGUGAUGAAUCUGCUCGACGCCUUGAAAACGUCGUUCUCUCAUCGAUCGCUCGGAGCCCGGGCUCGGGGUCAGGCUUCCGCCGUGUCGGAGGGCGCCUUCGCCGCCAUCACCAUGUUCCAGGGCUACGUCAAGUCUCUCAAGGGCUACGGCAUGCGUCUCGCCAAGGACAACAAAGAGGGACUCGACGGCUGCGCCGAGCGAGCCAUCUGCGAGGCCAACGUCGAGUGUACCGAGGAGAUCGCCCAAACCGGACAGACCCUGUCUUUCUGCCAGAUUGGAUCAUACGUGACGAGUUACUUGGUGGAAAAGCGAACGGGAAUUGACUUCGACAUCCUACACGAAGCCGGCCUCUUGGGCCAACGUGGCGAGAACUGCAGGAUACGCUUCCCAGACUGUAACGCCAUUUAAAUUCACGACGAGAACAAAACAUUACAUUAAAAAAAAAAAAAAUCAUUGUAAAUAUAUCGCGACGAGACUGAACUUUUUUUGUAUAACUUAUAUAUUUUAUAUAUUUAUAGCCAAUUGUAUGAUGUCUAUAUCACAAAUGUGUAGGCUGGCUCGCGAGCUCGCGAGCAAGUAUUUAAUACAAAAUGUUAUAUUAUAUACCGACGACAAAGACGAGUAUAAUUCAUAGGAAUAUGUAAUAAUGUAGUUAACGCAAUUGAGUGUGAUUGCGAGCGAAUGUGAUUUUUUUCGUCAAAAUUAUAUCGAUAUAGAGACGUAAUUGCGAAGUUAAAAAAAAUGUUCGACUAUCGCUAAUUUUAUGAUGGUAAAAUUUUCAAGAAGCGAUACGUUGAAUUGGAUGAAUGACCUUACGUAUUAAUAUAAUAUCACGUGCAUGCACCUAUUAAGCAU